UGUUUUGAACUCAUUUAGUGCAAACGGAAGAAAACUCGGCAUGCCAUCGUGGCUGGUGAUUGGUGUUUCGGGUGUAACCUGUGGCGGCAAGACAACGCUAGCCCACCGUUUACGCGACUAUUUCAAACAGAUGUGUGGUGCACCACUUUGGAGUACCCCAUACAUUGUGGGAGAUGUACAACUAAUUUCUCAAGAUGAUUACUUCUUGCCAGUAGAUGAUUUGCGCCACAAAUGGAAUGAUAAACUGAAUGUAAUUAAUUUCGAGUUACUAAGCUCUCUGGAUAUGAAACAGAUGCUCUCUGACAUAAAAUGGACCAUGAAGGGACGUUAUUUGGCUACUGAUCCAAUGGAGAAUAUUGACUUUAUCAACGAAAUGUCCAUGUCCACCAAUUUCGAGCACUACACCCAACCAGUUACACAACAAAUUUACCAACCAAAUAACUUAAAAGCAAACCAGUGCUGCUUAACAUCACGACAUCAAAAUCAAACCCAAACCCAACGUAAUCAACAUGCGCACCUGCACGCACAACAGCAUCAUAACCAUUCGCAUGCUCAUACCAGUACAAACGCUGCACAUAGUUCGCAUAUAAUGCGCAUCAAUUCACAACUUACAACACACUUGCGUGAUAACAAAAUUAACCUGCUUAUCAUUGAAGGUUUUACUAUUUUUAAUGAGCCAAAAAUAUUGAAGCUGUGUAAUAUAAAAUUCCAUUUCCAUCUGCCAUAUGAAAAAUGUUAUGAACGGCGUCAGAAACGCACCUACGAUCCACCGGAUGUCACUGGCUAUUUCGAAAUAUGCGUCUGGCCGCAUUAUGAAAAGAAUUUUAACGAAAUACGCGAUAGGCAGGAUGUAACGUUCCUAAAUGGUGAAUUGAGCAAAGAGCGCCUCUUCAAAUUUGUGCUGCAAAAGAUAGCGAAUCACUUUGAAGAACGUUGUGACGUAGCGUGUCCGCCACCACAAAAGCUACUCGGCAUACCGAGUUGCUUAGCGAGUGGUACAGUGGUGAGCAGUGAGAGUUGUGUUGGCAACAGUGCACAUUUGCCGGCCGGUGUAACAGGUAACCCGCCGAAAACAUGUCCCAUGGAACAGCAGUAAGUAGGAGGAAGGAAUAUUUGAUACAUUAUUCUUUGUCUGCACCGUGAUUUUUUAUAUUAUAAGAUCGUACAGAAAGUAUGCAUAGAUUCUUUAGUUGUACUAAAGUUAAGAUCUAUUUGAGUCUACUAUUCAUAAAAAGGUUUAUAGUUAUUGUAUAUUUAUGUAAAUUUAAGAUGAAUCAUGCGUACAUUGUACUCAAUCAUAUUGUAAAUAUGCGUACAAAGUAUGAAAUCAGUUGAAUUGAUGUAAAUGAAUAACAAAAUUAUUGAAAAUAAACAAAAAAUAAAAAUAAAAUAUA